AUGGCACUGAAGGUGAAGAAGGAAGCCAUUGUUCCCCCCAAGAAAGAAGCCAAGUCCAAGACCUUUAUGGCCAGAAAGAAAAGUGCCCCUCAGAGAAACAAGCUGGAUCACUAUGCCAUCAUUAAGUUCCCCUUGAUCACUGAGUCUGCUACGAAGAAGACUGAGGACAACAAGACCGUAGUCUUCAUUGUGGAUAUCAAGGCCAACAAGCAUCAGAUCAAGCAGGUGGUAAAGAAGCUGUAUGAUAUUGACACGGCCAAGGUCGAUGUGCUGAUCCGGCCUGAUGGAGAGAAGAAGGCCUAUGUCCAACUUGCUCCAGACUGUGAUGCUUUAGAUGUAGCCAACAAAAUUGGAAUUGUCUAA